CUUUUGACAUCUUGUUGGAAACGGCUCAUUGACUUCAGUCACGCUCGCAAGAUCCCGUCAUGUGUGUCACUUCCUUCCUUCUACUGAGCAGCCUUGGCCUUGCCAUUACGGCUCGAGCUCAAGACUGUCCCAAACCCGUGCUAGGACCCACCAUGAGUUUGAAGGACGCGGACAUUGUUAAAGAAACAUUCUCUGAUGGGACAUCACUUAAUGUAGUCUGUACUGUUGGCUACCAGUCUGCAGGAGGGUCUGCAACCAUUACUUGUAGUUCUGGCAACUGGAGUAGAGUGUUGCUGAAGUGCGAGAGAAAGAACUGUGGCCCUCUUGGAGACGUUUCAAAUGGAAUCGUUGAUUAUCCUGAAGGGACUCAGUUUGGUGACAAACUUGUGGUCCAGUGCAACUCUGGUUACAGGUUGGUUGGCAAGUCUCAAAUCAUUUGUGAAGAUAAAGGGUGGGGGUCAAGGUUGCCUACAUGUGAAGUGAUGACUUGUGAUCCGCCACCCACAAUCGCUAAUGGUGAUUUCAGUCCAAAAAAAGAAGAGUCCUAUGAUUAUAGAGAAGCUGUACAGUACAGUUGUGAAAAAAAUUACGUACUAAAUGGAUCAAAAUCAGUAACUUGUUCAGAAGAUGGAACAUUCCAGCCUAAUCCUCCAAGCUGUAUCAUGGUUGAAUGUGAAGAUCCUGUUAUUGAACAUGCUGACUGGAUUGAGGGUUCUCGAAAACCUCAUAAAUACUUGUCUACGGUGACAUACAAGUGCAGACCUGGAUACGUUAUGAUAGGAGCCCGUACCAUGACAUGUGAAAUAAAUGGAAAAUGGUCACCUGAACUUCCGCAAUGUAAAUUAAUAGCAACCACACCUAAAGCCACCACCACCACCACCACCACCACUGCUGUGCCUUCAACAAAGAAUCCAAAAGGUAAACCCAUCACCACCACCACCACCACCACCACCACCACCACCACCACUACUACUAAUACUGCAACCGUGAAACCAACAGACUCUACAAACAAUUUGUCUACGACGCUGGGUAUUGCUAUUCCGGUAGCUAUCAUUGGUAUUGGUGCCAUCCUCACUUGUUUUGGAUGCUAUUACUUUGGAGUUCCGGCAUUCUUCAGGAAAAAACAAGGCUCUCAGAGAGGCUAUCCUGUCAAUGAGGCUACAAAACAUGGAGAGGGAGUACCACUCUCGUAAGCACCGCAGUCCUGCUGGUCCAAUACUGCUGGAUGUGAAAAUCAUUUGAGGAAUGCCACUGGAAAAGUUAGAAUGUACUACGCUCUCCAAGUGCAUGUGGAUGGCACAGGCUUGUGAGACCCUGCAAAAAUCAGUUUCUGAAUGCUGAUCUGAGAUUCAGAAACCUCAGCAAAUUCUUCUCAAUCCGUAGUUUAUGCUUCAAGGAGCAACUUUGAUAGACCACCCUUAACUACUCCUUCCUGUUGUAUAAAAUUCCAUCCAGCGGUGUUGUAGGAUACCAUCCUUUGCAACAUCCAAAUGGUUGUUCGGUUCUUUAAUUACGAGGGAAUGAGAUUUCAUGUUUAUCAGAGAAGCUUAAGCUCCACCUAAUACACUCUAGGUCAGACCACAACUCACACAGACCAUUAUAGCUUCAGCUACACCAAUGGCUUGAAAUAAGCAUUAUCGAUAAAGAACGCUUGCAUGGUUGACCUUUUAAAUGCAGCAGUUGGGAUUAGUUUUUGUUUUUAAAACAAAAGUUUAGCUUGAUGUUUAAAAUCACACUGGACACAUCUGUAGCUGUUGAUUUAUAUCAGAUAUUACAGCAUUUGUGUAGCUGUAACGGAACUUGUUGAUUCCCCGGAAAAAUCUUGUAUGUAUGACACACAGGCUCCUAACCGAUAAGCCAGUCCUCCAGUCUUGUAAAUUCAACUUCCACCAUUACACAGAGAAGAGUGGGAUCUGUAAAAACAGUCCCUAGCAUAGUGCCUGAAAUAAGACGUGUCAUAUGCCUUAAUGCAAAUAGCUGUGUUUUUUAGCUCGUGUGAAUUGUUUGCCUGUGAAUUGCAUAUCAAUCUACUUUGUUGGUGUCAGUCAGUGAAGGCUUAAUUAUGGGCCCACCUUAGUUUAAGGUUUAUACUAAGUAAUUAAUAUUUAAUGUUGGCACCUUACCAAAUUCAGUUAAAUAAUUUUCCCUGACAGAAAUAGAAAUCUUUUUUUUUUUUCUUCUCCACUUUAAAUUAUUUGUUUUGCAGGUUUGUCUUUCAGAGUGUCAAUUUCAAUUUAAUAUUUGUUGACCCCACACUACCCUGAAAACGGGGAAAUAUUUUAAGAUCAGUAGACACAGGUAUUGUGUCAGUGGUUAUAUGAAGUAUAGACUGAUCUGAACAUGUUGCACUUGCUUGGCUAUUUAUCUUAAAAUAAAAUGUGUGUCAGAACAUUAGUUUUUGUAUUUAUCGUGAGCCAGGAAUAAAACUGCCUUCAUAUUUGCACUACCUUUUUUAUAAUCGAUGAAAUAAAACUGAGAAGACAAGACUCACCACUGUGUUCAUCAUAUACUUGAAUGUGCAGAUACACUGUGUACACAACCUUUGCUUAUCAUGACUAAAGCUCAUUUGAACAACAUUUAGGAAUUUGCU